AUGAUCACCAUUGUUGCUCUCCUAAUAAUACUCUUUAAAUCAUCAUCUCCAACGACCCUUCCUCCCGAUGAUCGAGACCUUCGCAUCGCCACUGAAGAAAUGCAAAGAGCGAACUACUACACCUUCGUAAUGCUUCUCAACAUGUCACCGUUAGAUCCUAAAUUUUUUGGGAACAUCACUUUUUUAAUUUCCAACGAUCGGAUGUUGUCAAAAACAAGAAUCCCUGAAAAUAAAGUCUACGUAUUCUUGUAACGUCAUUCGAUCCCUUCUCCAUUGAUCUUCGAGCACCUUUAGUACAUCCCGAUGGGUUCGAUCAUUCCCAAUUUGUUAACCGAGUAUAUGAUGGGUGUUGCGAACGGUGGUGACCGAAGGAGUUUUGUCCUCAACAAUGUUAUAAUCAUCAGCCCGAAUAUAUGCACCUCUGGUUCCAUUCGAUGUCAUGGUAUCGAUGGGAUGCUAAGCCCGGUGAGUAAUGUAUCUCUACAUGCGUGCUUCAACGGUGGAAGUUCUGUAGCACCACCAUCCUCUCUGGUGGAUUCACUGCCGCCGUUACCACCACUGGCGGACUCAUUUCUUACUCCUGACAUUGUCGAUGAAUUUAUGGUGCCUGCACUACAACCAUCUGAGAGCAGCUCUGGGUUUUCACAAUUUUCAUGGGAUGGGGAAGUGAUUAAAGUGAUGAUUAGUACUUUGGUACCUCUGGUGAUUGGUGUUUCCAUGUGAAAUGAGUAUUUGAUGAACUUGCAAGCUAUAGUUUAAAGCUUAAAUGUUUGAAAAUGUCCAUGCUUAUGUAUCUGAGCAAUAUAACAAUAAACUUUAUUUUAGUUUAUUUGUAAAUUUUAU